GCUGGAGGCCCUGGGGUUGAUCCCACUAGUGACUUCUUUUUUCAAAAAUAUGACACACCUGUAUUUAAAGAGCAUUAAUCUGAAUCCUGAGCUCCCCUUCUUGGAUCCCCGCCUUGCUACUCCUGCCUCGUUUUCUGCCUUUCUUCAGUCUGUGGCUUUGAGGAAGAAGACUCAAAGUAGCCCUAAGGGUCCGCUGACGGGCGUGGUGGGAAAGAGGGCGAGCCCCUUUCUCUUGCAUGUAGGACUACAGUAUAUUUUUGGAGAUUUUAGCCCUGAUGAAUUCACGCAGUUCUUUGUGACGCCUCGCUCUUCAGUUGAGCUCCCUCCGUACAGUGGAACAGCUCUGUGUGGCACUCAGGCUGCGGACGAACUGCCUGAUGGGCAAGAGGAUCAGAGGAUUGAGUUUGGUAUUAAUGAAGUGAUUGAGCCCAGUGACCCUCUGCCGAGAGCCCCCAGCUACAGUAUUUCCAGCACAUUGAACCCGCAGGCCCCUGAGUUUAUUCUUGGUUGUACAGCUUCCAAAAAGACCCCUGACGGACUAGAGCAAGAGGUGAACUCCAGCCCCCUUGAGCGCCCAUUCCCGGGCCCAGCCCUUGCCCUGGACUGCAGCUCGCACACUGAGGCCGAGGCUCUGGAGAGCGCCAAUGGCCCAGGUGGCCUGGGACAGAGGGAGCGCAAAAGGAAAAAGAAGCGGCCGCCGGGGUAUUACAGUUACCUGAAGGACGGGGCUGACGAGAGUACUUCCUCGGACGCGCUGGUCAACGGCCAUGCCAACUCAGCAGGCCCUGGCGGGGUGGGUGCCGAGGACGCGGAGUUUUUGGGAGACAUGCUCCCACCGCUUUCGCCCAGGACUUGUGACAGCCCUCAGAACCCCACGGACUUUAUCAGUGACACUGUGCCUGACAGUCCUUUUCCUGGAGCACUGGACGGCACCGGGAGGACUGUGGGGCAGUCUCAGGGCUGCCGCGGGACUGAUUUCGAGCAAGCCUGCCUCCCCGCAGAGCACCUGCUAAGGACAGCUGUGGCUCCGCCCUGCGCUGCUACCGAUACUACUGAGAACCUUGGCGUUGCCAACGGACAAGUACUUGAAUCCUCGGGCGCGGGCACAGCUGCCAAUGGGGAGCUGCACACUGUGGAGAGCACAGACUUGGACACGGCCAAGCUGGAACGUGCGUCCCCUCCCGCUGACAGCGCCGUCUCCGCGCCCGUUCCCGUUAGCCAGCCCGCCAAGUCCUGGGCCAGCCUCUUUCAUGAUGCUAAGCCCUCUUCCUCCUCACCCGUGGCAUAUGUGGAAACUAAGUGUUCCCCUCCUGCCCCAUCUCCCCUGGUCUCUGAAAAGCAGGUUGAAGUCAAAGAAGGGCUUGUUCCAGUAUCAGAGGACCCCGUAGCCAUACAGAUCGCAGAGUUACUGGAGAAUGUAACGCUAAUACAUAAGCCAGUGUCAUUGCAACCCCGGGGGCUGAUCAAUAAAGGAAACUGGUGCUACAUUAAUGCUACGCUGCAGGCCUUGGUCGCUUGCCCUCCGAUGUACCACCUCAUGAAGUUCAUUCCUCUGUACUCCAAGGUGCAGAGGCCUUGCACGUCGACACCUAUGAUAGAUAGCUUUGUUCGGCUAAUGAACGAGUUCACCAACAUGCCUGUGCCGCCGAAGCCCCGCCAAGCUCUUGGAGAUAAAAUCGUGAGGGACAUCCGGCCCGGAGCUGCCUUUGAGCCCACGUACAUUUACAGACUCCUGACCGUCAUCAAGUCGAGCCUGUCUGAAAAGGGUCGACAGGAAGACGCUGAGGAGUACCUGGGCUUCAUCCUGAACGGACUGCACGAGGAGAUGCUGAGCCUGAAGAAGCUCCUCUCGCCAGACAGUGAAAAACUCACGGUUUCCAAUGGGCCCAGAAGCCCCUUGGCCAACGACGACGAGCAGGAAGAGCAAGGUGAAGGCAGCGAGGAGGAGUGGGAGCAAGUGGGGCCUAGGAACAAGACGUCGGUCACCCGCCAGGCGGAUUUCGUCCAGACUCCAAUCACUGGCAUUUUUGGCGGGCACAUCAGGUCGGUGGUUUACCAGCAGAGUUCAAAAGAAUCUGCCACUCUGCAGCCCUUUUUCACGCUGCAGCUGGAUAUCCAGUCCGACAAGAUACGCACUGUCCAGGAUGCGCUCGAGAGCUUGGUGGCCAGAGAAUCUGUCCAGGGUUACACCACAAAAACCAAACAAGAGGUCGAGGUCAGCCGGCGGGUGACUCUGGAGAAGCUGCCUCCUGUGCUCGUGCUGCACCUGAAGCGCUUCGUGUACGAGAAGACCGGCGGCUGCCAGAAGCUGGUGAAGAGCAUCGACUACCCCGUGGACCUGGAGAUCAGCAAGGAACUGCUUUCUCCAGGUGUUAAAAAUAAGAAUUUUAAAUGCCACAGGACCUACAGGCUCUUUGCAGUGGUCUACCAUCACGGCAACAGCGCCACGGGCGGCCACUACACCACGGACGUCUUCCAGAUCGGGCUCAACGGCUGGCUGCGCAUUGACGACCAGACCGUCAGGGUGAUUCAGCAGUACCAGGUGUUGAAGCCCGCCGCCGAGCGCACCGCCUACCUCCUGUAUUACCGCCGGGUGGACCUGCUGUGAGCCCCGUGUGCCGCGAGUGUGUGCCUGACGCCGCUGUGUAAAGCUCCAGCUCACUGACUUCCCGCCUCUUUAGUGGCUCCUUAGAGAGAAACUGUCCCUUCUGCAAAAAUGGGCUAGGAUGGAAGGACGCCGGGGGAUUUGUGUGCAGCACACUUGUGCUGACUUCUAACUUCCAAACCAGAAUCAUUUGGUUGAAACAGACUGUCGUUUGAUUUUAAGAAAAUACACAAAAACCCAUAAUUCUGACAUAAUAAUCAUAAUUCUGAUUCCUUCUAGAAGAAAGGGGAACUUGCAUUUGAUUUCCAGUCUAAUUGCUUAGUAGAAUAAAUCUACACCAGCAACACUUGUAAAUUUGUGAAAAUGAAUUUUAUCUUUCCUUAAAGAAUAAAUUUUUUAAGCCAUCACACUUUCCUCCCCUACCCUUUAGUUUUUGAUAAAUGAUAAAAAAUGAGCCAGUUAUCAGAGAAGAAAUAGUUCUUACUUCAAAAGAAAAAUAAGUUGCUGGUUCCUAACGGGAAAAAUACAUUUUAAUAAUUGUGCGAUGAGUCACUGCUUACAUACACGUUGCAGAUCAGAUACUUGGGGUUAAACAAUGUUAGUCUACGUAGAUGGGUGACUGUAACUCUAUUGCCAUUAAAGAUUUCAAAUUGCUUUCAUGCUUCUGUGUACACAUAAUGAAACACGGGCAAAGCACUGAAGAUUGGUAUUUCCUGACGUCUGCUCUCUUUAAUUCUGCCAUCUGCCCCUUCUAAUGCUGCGUCCCUAAUUGUACACAGUGAUACCUAGGAGUAUGAAGUUGUCACCCAUCAAUAAAAUCACAAAGUUGGUUUAGA